AUGACAUUCCAAUCCGAUCCAGUAAAUUUUAUUUUACCACAUGGAGCUGAGGACCCUUUUCUUUUAUCGGCGGAACUGAAUCUUGAAGACCCAUUAGGUGACUUCUCGUACUUACCUUCUGACAUUGGCAUAGGUAACUUUAGACCUAUUAUUAACCCAUUAGAACAGUAUAAUAUCAUAGCAAACAACAUGGUUACUGAUCACACACAACAAGAAAAUCAUAACAAUAAUAAUAUCACAAGGGAAGCUAUACAACUCGGACAUGUUGAAAGUAAUCCAAGGUUAACUGACUAUAUUGGGCCAGUCAAUAGAGUAGAAAUUUCAAAAUCACCUUCACCAGAACAAAACGAUAAUGUGGUUGAAGUAGAAGACUCCUCUCAAGUUGUUUCGGUAAUUGAUUUGUUUCUAGAAAACAAUGCUGAUGAAACACAACAAUACAGCGAAGAGGUUACAUCGCAGAAUGAAACCACAAGAGCUAGCUAUAGUCUCAAUAUGGUGAAUAAUAGAGGAGAAAAGGAAGGAGCCAAACAAAAGAAGACUCAUCGAUGUGUUGAUUGCUUAAGAAUGUGUCAAAGCGAUUCGCAUCUCGAUAGACAUAUGGAAACUGUGCACUCAGAAGAAAGACCAUGGCGCUGCCCCGCUUGCCUGAAAAAGAGAUUUAAACGAAAGGAUCACCUUGUUAAACACCUUAAAACAUUACAUCAAUGGGGCUCCCAACAAAUAGAAGGCUUACAAACCCCACAGGUUAUUUUAGAUAGAAAAAAGAAGAGAAAAAAGCCUCCAAAAAAUAAAAAUUAA